AUGGCGGCAGCGGCUAGUGCCUCUGAGGGGCCCAGGGGCCCCUUCGCAACGCCUGAUGCCCCUGCGGGCUUCCAGCAGUCCGUACUUGGACCCUCUGGCUUUGCUUCCACCGUGAAUCCAAAUGCGUCAGGCCGAGACGACCCUGCAACAGUGCAGGACACGAACUUUGCGGUUUUCUUCGCACAUUUUUUGAGGGUCUUCAAGGGCCCCCCCGUAGGCUCGGACGAUUCAGACAACACAGAAGGCACAGAAGGCCUUCCUCCUGACAUUGCAGGUGCGGAAUAUUUCUGUUACUUGCGACGCUUAGCUGCCUUGCUGCGCACCCCGCAGUCAAACAAAACACUCACUGUCCGCCUCGCAGAUGUAGAAGGUUGGGCACCCCAAGGGGCUCCCGUGGAGGACGCGGGACUGAAGCUUGCACACCACAUCCGUAGGAAUUAUAUAAGGAUCCAGCCACUGCUGCAGGAGCGCCUGCAGCAUCUGGCAACGGAAGUAUCCCAGAGGAUCUCCGCAAACGGUUCCGCAGUGUAUCUCCAGAUACACGACGUCCCCAGAUACACACACAGCAUUAGCUCCAUCCGCUGCAGCAUGCUUGGAAGCAUCAGCUGCAUUAGGGGACUAGUGACGCGCACCACAGACGUGCGCCCCGAGUUGCUACAGGGAGCUUUCCUCUGCGGGGACUGCGGCCACAUUGAGCAGGGAAUUGCUCAGGCAUUCAAAUACACACAGCCUGUGAAGUGUUCGAGCGCGAACUGCCACAACACUUUAAAUUGGGAAUUGUUGGUGGAGGCGUCACAGUACGCAGAUUGGCAAAAGCUCAGGCUGCAGGAACCUUCGGGCGAAAUGCAUGCAGCGGCAGUGCCCCGCUCUAUCGACGUCAUCGCGAGGCAUUCGCUAGUGGACUCAGUUUACGCUGGGGAUGUAGUACUAGUCACGGGAGCCCUCAUUGCGGUGCCCGACAUUCCUGCUCUCCUUAAACCGGGAGAAAUGCCUAAAUCUGUGUUUCGCUCCCAGCGCCGCUCAGAAGCCCUCUCUGCAGGGGAAGCCCUGCGGGGCCUCAAGGGCUUGGGAGUCAGGGAGCUCAACUUUAGGAUCUGUUUACUGGCCUUGAAUAUCGAAUCUGUCUCCUCCACACAGCGGGAACAAGGCAUGGAGGACCACGGAGAGCUCUUCCAAGCCAGCGACUUUUUAGGGUGUGGGGCCUUUGACUGGAUUCGCACGGUUGCCUCUCGUCCGGAUUGCCUCUCUUACCUCGUGAGAAGCGUCGCUCCCAGAGUGUGGGGACACGAAGAUAUCAAGAAAGGUCUUUUGGGCGACCUAAACAUGUGCAUAGUGGGGGACCCCUCUACGAGCAAAAGCCAGCUGCUAACUUGGACGGAAUCGUUUGCACCACGUGCUGUCUUUACUUCGGGCAAGGGAUCUACUGCAGCAGGUCUUACUGCUGCAGUCGUAAGAGAUCAAGACCAGGGCGACUACGUGCUAGAGGCGGGGGCACUGAUGUACGCCGACCAAGGGAUCUGCUGUAUCGACGAAUUCGACAAAAUGGAUGAAAAGGACCGUGUGGCGAUCCAUGAGGCGAUGGAGCAGCAGACUAUUUCGAUUGCCAAAGCCGGCAUCCAGGUAUGUGGGCGUUUGAGCUUAACAAGUUCUAGCUUGGCUCUAACGCCAUGCAAACUUUACACAGCAGCAACAGGAGGCUUUCAGGCUACCUUGAACGCUCGUGCCAGUGUGUUGGCAGCGUGUAACCCCCGGUUCGGGCGAUAUGAUAGGAGCAAAAGUUUUGCUGCAAAUGUUCAAAUCCCUGCACCGUUGCUCUCACGCUUUGACCUACUCUUUACCGUCAUCGAUGAAGUAGACGAAGCCCGAGAUAAAGCUAUCUUCGACCACCUCGCUUCAUAUCACAUGCGCCCAGAAGAUGUGGCGGCAACUGCAACAGCACAAGUAGAAACAGACAGACUCACCCAGGACGAGCUUAGGCUCUAUGUCGAGUGUGCACAAAAAAUCAAGCCCCUGAUGACAGACGAGGGGAAGAGGCGGCUAGUGGAAGCCUACGUGGCUCUACGUCUAAUGGAUGCGCAACCAGGGCUACAGCAUAACAUGAGAAUAACUGUCAGGCAGCUCGAAUCCUUGGUUCGCUUAUCCGAGGCGGUAGCAAGACUGCACUUCAGCGACUUUGUUAGAGAAGAACAUGUCAAGGAGGCUGUGGAUAUCUUUCGCGCUUCUCUGCAUCGCAUAACACACACUGAGGGUAUCCGUUUAAGUUUCCCAGCUGCGCCGAGCGAGAAGAAACAAGAUGGGGAAGAAGAGGCCGAUCCCCAGGAGGCUUCCGAGUCGCCUGCAGUGAUGGUUUCACAUGCAGACUACAAGCGCAUUGCUUCUCAGCUUGUGGAUUACAUUUCACAGCAAGAAGCAGCAGCUGCUGGAACGCCCCAGCCGUUCCAGGGUGUCUCUUCAAACACUCUUAUCGAAUGGUGGUUGGAAGAAGUGCUGCAGCCAGACAAUCCUGAAGAGCUAGACGCGUGGCAUCGCAAGUUGCGUCUUAUCAUUCAACGGCUCAUUGAACACGAUGGGUACCUCCUUGGCCAGCCCGUUCCUGGCGGUAGUGAUGGCGAGUUGCUGCUGCGAGUGCAUCCGAACGUGUGCGACCUGUCGGGUAUUAGCAGCGGUGGGGUCAAUACAUUUGGGUAUAAGUCAUUCGGUUUAGAGGCCGAGGCAGCAGACGCAGAGGCGGUGGAAGCAGAUGGUGGCGACCUUACUACAGAAGAGUUCGAACGCAUACAGCAGAUGCUGGAAUCAGAAGCGCAUCAACCAAAUAUGGAAUGA